AGGGCUCUGGGCAUGAGCAGCGAGGACUCCAUCAACAGCUCCCCCAAAUAAGCCCUGCUAAUGAGGGUGGCUUGAGAAGCAGCUUUGAUGUGCUCCUAAAUCCAGUUGCAAAACAGAACUAAAGUUAAGGCCUCUGCACAGCACUGUGUUCUAACUUUGAAGUAUUCUUACUCUAGUGUCCUGUGUGGUGGUGUUGGAAUUGUCCAUUGCUAAGAAUCAGAGGAGAAAAGCACUUAGCAUCGCAGGACUUGGAGCACUGGUGCUGAGGCCACCCUUCAUUCAUUCGUCGGAUGUGUGUUAAGGCCCAGGCCCAGGGCAGGGGUCGGGGAUUCUCCUCUCACACAGCACGUGGGUGGCAGGACCAACACCGGGUCUGAUCUCCCAGCUGGGGGCACAGGCUGCUAACCCCAGGCCUGGAAUCUGUCAGAUGCCCUUCCUGUGCUGACUUUACUUAGACAGGCCUCCUGACCUUCCCGCAAAGAUCAUGUGUGAUUUGCAGGGGUUCUGGCCGCUUGAAAAUUUCCUGAGAAAGUACAUGCAAUGAGGACAGAGCUUGCAGAGGGAGGACAGGCAUGCAGAAGGCUCUGUGUGCAGCCCCAGACCUGGGUACCUUCGUCACCAUCCUCAUCCCGCCUCUGGGUGUGCAGAUAGGGAGCAGGUCUCCUGUGUUAUGGCCCAAGCAGGGCUGUCAGGACACUGAGAACAUUCCCUCCUCCCGCAGGAGAGAGAGGUCCAAGGUGCCCUACAUCAGGUGCCAGGGUGUGGAGGAGAUCAAGCACCGAGGGAUGGAGGAGGUGGGCAUCUACCACGUGUCUGGAGUGGCCGCAGACAUCCAGGCACUGAAGGCAGCCUUCAACGUCAAUAACAAGGACGUGUCGGUGAUGAUGAGCGAGAUGGACGUGAACGCCAUUGCAGGCACGCUGAAGCUGUACUUCCGUGAGCUGCCCGAGCCCCUCUUCACUGAUGAGUUCUACCCCAACUUCGCAGAGGGCAUCGGUGAGCACUAGAGGCCUUGGCCUCAUGGGAGACGUCUCCUCCACGUGCACUGCUGCCCUUGGAGGCUGUGAAAAGUGAG